AUGAAAGCGGUCCUGCAACGAGUCAAAUCCGCGUCGGUCACCGUCGACGGACAGUUAAUAUCAUCGAUCGGCAAAGGAAUCCUCGUUUUGGCAGGUGUGGGCAAAGAAGACACGGAGAAAGAUGCCGAUUCGUUGGUCGGGCGCAUUCUCAAGGCGCGACUGUGGCCAGAUGACAACGGAGGACAGUGGAAGAAAAACGUGCAAGACAUCGAGGGAGAGGUGCUCUGCGUGUCACAAUUCACCCUCUACGGCAAUCUGAGAAAAGGCAACAAACCCGACUUCCAUGAUGCCGCCGAUGUGGAGACCGCCCGCAAACUAUACGACUACUUUUUCCAACGCCUCCGUGCCGCCUACAAGCCCGAGCGCGUGCAGGACGGGGUCUUCCAGGCGAUGAUGGAGGUCGAACUGAAGAACGAUGGGCCGGUGACGAUCGAGAUCAACACAAAGCUCCCCAAGAAGGACAAGAAGCCCGAGUCGUCGCAGACGUCGGGACAGCCAUCGGGACAGUCCAGCGAGUCGGGGGAGGGGGAUGCGAAGAAGACGUAUGAAUUCCAGCUGCCGGCGACGUUAUUGGAAUGA